CUUCGGUCUGCUGCAGCCGUGCUGAAGGACAGUCCGCGCACCGCGAAGUCAUCGGCCGACGCACGGGCGGCAGAGGCGGCACGUCGCGAACGCCUGGUGGACGAGAUCCGUCGGCAGCAAGAGCUGCUCGAGCUGUCGGCCGACCACCUGGGGGACGACACCGAGGAGCACCGCUUCCGCAGGCUGCUCGAGAAGUUUGUGUACGCGCUCAACGUGCGGACCAUCGUUGGUGCUAUUCGCGACACCAUUACCGGAGAAAUCACGCCUGCCCACAUAAUCGAGAAGACUCACGAAAUUCUCGGCGAGGCAUCAUCGCUCGCCGUCGGCAUUGUCCAGUUUCUGAAGAACAUGGGGCCCCUGACCUUCAAAAUUUUCAUGCACAGAAUUUUGACUGGUGAAGAAGUUUAACGACAAGCGUAGCCCUGCUGAACGUCUACAACGGCAACUUCCACACUGGCAAGAAUAUCAUGUGUAAAUAAACGCACAGAACUAGUUGUUGUAGACGGGGAAA